AGAGGCAGCGUGCGCGCGCGAAACUGCCGGGGCUCCACGUGAUUUUUGUGCGGGGAGAGAGAACCGGGGAGAGGGCCGGCCCGCUCGCAGUAAGUGGGCCCCGUCAGCCAUGGAGCCCGCUUGCUUCCUCCAGCCCCACCCGUUCGGCGACCCUGGGGUGGGCUCGGAUUUGUACAAGCCUUCGCCUCCCGCGGUCACUUCGCCCAAAUCCGACCGGGUAGAGCAGCCGAAGCCAGCCGAACCGACGCGGAUCAUCACCGACCCGGUCUCCGGCAGAUCCUACAGCAAAGGCCGCCUGCUUGGAAAGGUACCUGCGGCGUCUUGGGAGAGCGGUGGGCGAAGGAAUUUCUCCCUUCCCAGCCCCGCUGCCUUCUAGUCUGAGCCGGCCGGCUUCUAGCGUGUGCGGCCAGAGCUGGGUUGUGGCGCGCCCUAGUGAGGGAUCGUGGAUUUAAGGGCCAAUUCCGACACCACCACCCCGAAAGCUACCCGCGAGUUACGGCGGAGGAGACUUUCGCAUAGGGUGACGGACAGCAGCACCCGCGGCUUGUCGCGAUAGGGGACCCAAAAGCGCCUCAUCCGCUUUCCUUCCUCCCUCUUCUCGUUCUCUAUUUGCUCGCGUGGAGGGUUUCCUUCCCCCGCCAAGACUUCCCGCUUGAUCCGAGGCAGGCAUGUCGAGGCACGACUCUUUCUCUCUCCACCCCCCAUCUCGUUUUGUGUGGGGCUUCGGGUGCAGAUGGGGCUUUAAUAUUUAACUACUCGUCAUUCAUUCCCCCACUACGUAUUUUAGUGCGCUCUUCCCCGUCCACCCACCCCACCCCCAAAUGAGGAAUCGUCCCAACAAGCGACCGGAGCUUUUAAAGAAGACUAGAUAGAAACGGUUACGCUACCCAAGUGGGUCUUAGUUUGGGGGGGUGCGAGAGAGGGAGAGAGAACGAAUAGGAGGCGGGAAAUGGCUGCUGUUUUCCCCAAAAAAUUACAAUAGGCCAUCUCUUAGGACUUCUCCAGGGCAGCUAUGAUUCCAUUUGACUGAGUCAGGCACGUCUGGGACCGGAUGUUCAAAUCGUUGUUCUUAGCCCUUUGGCGACUAGUAAGCCGUUUUCUGGUGGGUUUCUUUAGGUUUUGGGUUCUCUUGCAGAUGCUGAACUGCAACUACUGGUCUAAUUCAGUGAAUAUGUUCUGGGAUGCCGUAACAGAUCCCAAGUGCAUUCUUAUACUAUUUGUACAACAUGGACCACAGGGAUUUGGGGGGGGGGGAGAGGGGGGAAGGGAUAUGGUUGGUGAUUUAGAUUACUUAAUCUGCAUUAUUUAUAGUCCUACUUCAACAAAGUAGGUGCUGGGGAAAGUUUGUCUACCACCAUUCCUUACACCUUCUAGAGAGCUAGUGUGAUACCAUGAUUGGAGUGCUGGGAUGAGAUGUAGAUGGCCAUAUUUAAAAUUCUGUUUGCAUGAAGUUUGUUGAGUUACCUUAGGCUGGUCAUAGUCUCUGCCAACUGUUCUGUACAGGGCUAAGAUUAUGCUACUGUGACCUCCUUGGAAGAACGGUGGAGCCUAAAUGUAAAAAAAUUAGCAGACAACUUGGGGAUUGGAUCCCAACAGUUUCUCAUGUUUAUCCAGGAGUGUCAAGUAGCUUGCUUACCUCAUGCAGUAGAUUGCUAUUGGAGGCUUGCUAAUCUGCAAUAUGGAGGUUUCAGAAGGGUGGUGAGUGUCUGUUUCUGCUUGAAACAUACGUUGUAGAUAUUUCCCACAUUUAUUAUGCAAUUUUUGUGAUAUACAAAUGACAUGAGAAACUUGGUAUACAUACUUGUAUAACAUUAUUGUAUAUAAAAUCCUAAUAAUAAUAAUAAGCACAUAUCUGAUGCUUACUGUUGCGAAGCCAUGUGAGCUUGCUAAAGAUCAGGGAUCAGCAACCGUUUUCAGCCGUGGGCCGGUCCACCAUCCCUCAGACCAUGUGGUGGGCUGGACUAUAUUUUUGGGGGAAAUGAACGAAUUCCUAUGCCCUACAAAUAACCCAGAGAUGCAUUUUAAAUAAAAGGACACAUUCUACUCAUGUAAAAACACGCUGAUUCCUGGUCUGUCCACGGGCCAGAUUGAGAAGGUGAUUGGGCCGCAUCCGGCCCCCGGGCCUUAGGUUGCCUACCCCAAGUGGCGUAGCGUGGGUUGUCAGCACCCGGGGCAAGGCAAGUAAUUUGCACCCCCUAACCCGUGGAUUUGCGCCCCCUAACCCUAACCCCCAGAUGUUGCGCCCGGUGCGGCCGGCCCCCCCUGCAACCCCCACGCUACGCCACUGCCUACCCCUGCUAAAGAUGCUCAAAUGGAUUCUAGGCAAGGACUUCAGUGAUUGGAGAAGGGGCCUUCUGUCUGCUGUUCCCUUAAAGGAGCAGGGGCCUUCAGGGUUCCAUUCAUCCUUUGUUCCAUUCUAUAGCAUCAUUCCCUGGCAAAUGCAAAUUUUGCUCAGCAGCCGAUUUAGUAACAAAGUCUGCAAAAGGAUGCAAUUUUUUGUUGACAGUUAGAAAGGAAAAAAGAUGACAGAACAUUUUAGAACAGUAAAACAAAUACAACACUGUGGUAAUAGUUGAUGAGAUGUUGCAUGACUGCACUGGUUAUAUGCAUUGCAAACACUGGUUUCCCAGACUGCGCAUAUAUUUUUCUUUUUUGCCUUAGAACUCUUCUGAUUCAAUUUUUUCCCCCUGGCUCAAAACCACCUUGCUCAUUGAGCAAUCUGUGUAAUCAGGUUUCAGAGUAGGGGGUGGGGGAAAAGCAGCAGCAUUUCCACUGGAAAUCUCUCCUCUUGGUGAGCAAAGCUGGCAUUGUUUCGAAGAUCGUGCUUUGAAGGAGGGGUGCGUCGGUUGGUUCCUUUUGCCCUACAUCAAACAAUGUGAUGUGUCAUAUGGAAAAUCUGCUCAUUGUGUAUGGGGGUGUCUUGGCACUUCCAAACGCGGUAGAGCUAAUGUCGAAUUUGGCAGUGUGUAUAAUUCUCUCUCCCCCCCCAACCCCUGUUCUUACUGCUUCUUUGAAAGACCCUUUCUGGCAAUACCAGCCAGAGCUGUUUCUGUGCUGAUGCCCAAGCUAGGAUUUUAUGAGAAACUGGUUUCUCUUUGUUCAGGAUGUUGUAUAGGUGUGAGGCUUAUUUUAGGUAAGGUGUAGGCUGCAGCAAAGAUAUACUUUCUUUACAGCUGGAAAAACCUGUCUCUAGUCCUCCUUCAGUGCUGGUUGUCUUGUGAGAAGAACUAAAUCAUACUCUGUUAAAAAAAGCAUGAUGACAAUGGGUGUGGGGAAACCCAAAGGAAUAGACACAAACCCUAGGAUAGUGAGAGCUGUAACAUGAAAUAAAAUGUAUGCCUGGAGAAUGUGCUAAACCAUAGUCAGAAGUGGAACUGUUUCUUUAAAAUGGAAUGUUUUCACUACAUAACAUGUUCAAAUGUUUGAAUUAGGAGAAUAUUUUGUUUACCAUUACGAAAAUAAGUUGGUUUUCAAGUUACACAAACUUGCCCAUAAAUUUUGAAUAUCCAAAGGGGCAGGACACAAAUGCUGGACUUCCUCUGUUCAAGUUCCUCAAACUUGUCCCUCCUGACUUGGAAUGGAACUUUUAUUUUAUUGAGCCAUAUACUUGGCCUAGGUUAUAAUUUCAAUAUAUUGCAAUGUCACUGAGGGAAUGGAAUGGAAUGAAAGAAAUGUUUUGAGCAUGUUUCCCAAACUUGAAAUUAUGAUGCUGGAUCCCUCUCGUUUAAACAAAACUUGGAAGCCCGUGAAAUAUUUGAAUUGAUUAUUGAGUCUGUUCUUUAGCACCAUGGUUGAGAUAUUACUGUGCUUAAGUGGCUAUGACUAUGUUUUGAAGUAGUCCAUCCUUAAAGGACUUGAAGGGUGAGUUCACAUUAGCUCUUGCCAUCUGGCUGGGUUCCUGUUUUGGUAUACUUUGCCUGAGGUGCUAAGGCAGUGAUCUCAGGCACAUGUUAGAUGUUUCUCACACUUCAGGUUAGAAUGCUGUUAGUCAUGCAGCAAUUGCAUUUUCUGUGAUCUCAUCCUACUUAGAUCUGAAUUGGAUCCCGUCCUAAUCCUGUUUCCUUGCUUUUUGUGGUCUUGAUGUCUAGUUCUAGUUUUAGGCGAAGAUCUGAGAGAAUGCUGAGUAUGUUGAAAGCAGGCACAUGAACCUCAGUCCAAAGUCCAACCAUUGACAAGCAUCAGACCUCUGGGGUCUCUAGCAAAAAAUGGUCUUUCCACUACUACUUAUGAGCCUUUUAACUAGAGAUUUUCUGUAUAUACAGCAUAUGCUGUACAACCAACCUUCUGAACUAAGGACUCCUCUUCUGAUACCCAUUACGCAUGAAUGAAAGCAGGCAGUUCUUCCAGUAACUUGUGAUACCUUAAAAGAAGAGCCUUAAAAUCUAUCCUCAACUAGUGUUUUAUGUUGACUUAGUUUUGGUGGCAAAUAUAGUCCUAGCACUUUGGCUGAAGACCGCAGUUCCCCUAUUUUUAUUUUAGAAGUCAAAUUGAUGGUACAGGUGCCAGGGGGAAAUGAGACCUGAGAUGCUUCCCGUGAGUUGCUAAUCUAUCAAGGACAAGAAAAGAGUUCUCUUUAGCCCACCCUCCUAAUUGCUGCCUUAUUGGUUUGCAGGGUGGAUUUGCAAGGUGCUAUGAAGUAACAGACCUCUCGAGCAACAAGACCUAUGCAGUGAAGGUCAUUCCUCACAGCAGAGUGGCCAAGCCACACCAGCGGGAGAAGGUAUGUAGCUCCCUAGUCCUGAGCAGAAUGAGGAUAGCUGGGGUGUUGGCCAUGUCCUAGCUACCAACUCUUUCUGAUUAUGCUUCUUCCAGAUCAUCAAUGAAAUCGAGCUGCACAGAGACCUGCACCACAAACACAUCGUGAAGUUCUCACAUCAUUUUGAGGAUACGGAGAACAUCUAUAUCUUCCUUGAGCACUGCAGCAGGAAAGUGAGUCCCAACUUUUCUUUCUCUACAGAGAAUCUGUACCUCCCCAACAAGCAUACUUUAUUUCUAUUGGACUCAAUGUUUUAUUGCACUGUGAACAAAGGGCAGCAGAAAUAGAACCUGUAGAAUGGUUUGCACUGAACAACAGGUCUCUGCCUAUACGAGAUAUAUCAUCCACUGGAUACUUCCCAUGGGUACAAUGGAUGAAAGUAUGGUUUUCUGUUAUGAUUAGACAUGGUAGGAAAAGGUGGGAUAUAUUACUGCAGCACAGGGAGUUGCUGGAUUAGAAUGCCUCUUAUUGUGUCAAAGCAGUAGGACCAGUAAUAGUGGCAAUUAGUGCUGCUGUCAGACAUUUCCCAGGAGUGCUGGGGACCAUGUAGGUCAGGCAGACCUCUUUCAGCAUCCUUGGGAAUGUAGGAAUGUUCACAGGCAGGUUUCCUUACCGAUACUGAAUUGGCACAUUUGCUGUUUGCCAUUUGAUACUCCUGCUUUGCAUGAUACAGCGCCACAAAUGCUUGCAUAAGAAUCUGUCAUACAGGUGCCCUUGGCAUGGAAGCUGCAGCUGCCAUGCAUAACAGUCAUGCUGUUUUAGCUGCUUGUUCUGUUUGCAGUUCAAACCCCUGUAAACACAGUAAGUCAGCCACUGGCAUCUUAAUGGCUUUGGCUGCUCUGGGAUAGAUCAAACUUGAUAUAAAACUGCCCUGCAAGGAUUACUUGUUGGAAUAGUGCUUGUAUAGAAGGAAUUGGGAUCGGAUCCAGGAUUUCACACAGAAACUUCAUUUUGCUAAAACAGAACUGGUUAUUGCUAUCUAGAGGCUGUUCUUGGAGCACUUCAGUUGCAUUUCUUAAUGUUUAAUAGAGUUCGUUUAUCUUCAUUCGGCUUGCUUGUAAGCCUUGCAUGAUUAAAUCUGCAAUCUUCACAUCCAUUUUGGAAUAACUGUUGGGAGAGGUUUAGUAAAUCCCCCUGGAAUCUUGGAAUUUUUGUGAUUAGACCCUGAAAAGAGAUUUAUUUUGAGAGAAGCCAUAAAACAUGAAGACGCAUCCCUAGCUGGAUUCAGAGGUUUAGGAUGGGAGAAGGAGGAGAAUCUGAUAGUGGAAGACAAGUGUGUGAGAGUUUGGAAUACUUGCCCAAACCACUGUUUUGCACCUGAGAGGAGGUUGGCUUAGCAUUGCCCAGUGAGCUUCAUGGCUGAGGAGUCCUUUGAGGAGUCCAAUACUAAUACUGGAACUACACCGCCCUGGUUCUUGCCUGCAAUACACCAGGACAACUAGUCAUUCUUAGACUAAUAAUAGUCUGCAAGAGCAUCUCUGUAACCAAACCUUUUCUCUUGCAGUCUUUGGCACAUAUCUGGAAAUCCCGGCACACCCUUCUGGAGGCAGAGGUCCGAUAUUACCUCAAACAGAUCAUCUCUGCCUUGAAAUACCUCCACCUUAAGGGCAUCCUGCACCGGGAUCUGAAACUGGGUAUGUGCAACAUAGCUGCUCUCUUGUUCAUUUGGGAGCGGAUUUGUAUUGUUGAGGUUGAAGUAACCUUCAGAAGUCAGCAUCUAAUCUCCUUGUAUCUUAGAAACUUGCAUUUUAAAAAUACAAAAACUGGGUUUCUAGAUACUAAAGCCUAUUCAGGAAAUGCUGUUCUGUGGGGAAUAAGCACAGCUUUGUCUUCUAGGUAUCAAGAGGAGGAACUGCUGAGACAGUUGCACAAUGUUUGACAUUUAGAGCCCUGUUAUUUUCUGUUGCAGGUAACUUUUUCAUCAAUGAAAACAUGGAACUGAAAGUUGGAGACUUUGGUUUGGCUGCCAGACUGGAGCCCGCAGACCAGCGAAAAAAGUAGGUGGCUUGAUGGAUCACUUUCGUAUGCUCUUUCUUUGUCGAAUGCUGCCCUAGCUUACUCCAGAGUAAAGAGGUUCUCUUAAAGUGUCUCCUUGGCCUGUUUAUCCCACCACACACACCCCUUUGCAGCUGUGUGCGUUUGGGGAAGGGGGAAUUGGAGCACAAGAGGGACACUGAACUUGAAAUACUCCUUUGCUUCAGCCUGGAACUUGGUGGUGAAAGGAACAAAGCAGUUACUGUGUGUGCAGUUCUGUCUAAGGCAGAAGCCUCAUGUUUGCACAGCAGAGAGAAACAAUGCCCAACCUUAUAUUGGAUUUCUGCCUCAUGCAAAGUGUUGCUGCUGUAACUGUGAUGGGCAAGCAUACAGCGUAGAAAGGAGUUCUGGAUGGGGAAGGGUAGCAGUGAGUGGGUAUAGGUGCAAGGGACAGCCGAGUCAGUACUAUUGCGAUUCUAGUCAGAAAGAUGUGACUGAGGCUACUGGGAGGCUCACGCAGCAAAGUAGUAUGGUAUUGGUUGGUUCAUUCACAUGUUGCAGGGGCACCAGGGGGCUGGAAAAGGAGCUACAGUGGGAUGCACCAGUCAGAGCCUCAGCUGCAGCCUUGAAAACUGGCAGAAUGAUCUUGUCAGAUCAGGGUUUUUGUUACCCACUUGAUCAGCUGUGAUCCUAUUGUAGUAAAAUAAACCUUGUUCACUGUUUGCUUCGAGUUAAGAAACUAUAAUCCAGCCUGUACUAUUGCAAAAGAGGACACCCAACGUCUAACAGUAGAACUCUUAAAAAAAGGGGGGAAAGAGACCUUUUUAAAAUAAGAGUUCUGUGGUUAAUUGAAUCGCAUGUUGUAACUUUCCCCAGGUACAUGUUUACUCAGCUUAAAUCUUUGCAGUAGGAAAUGAAUCUGAGAGGAUGUUGUGAAAGUGGUAUUUCUGUAGAAACUUCGGUGAGGUUGGCGUGGCUUGGCAUGGUCUAUGGUAGAAGAUCUAUGGCAUGGUCUAUGCUAGAAGAUCUUAAGAUGUCACAAAUGAAGCUGCCCUGAGCCAGACCACUUGUCCAUGAUAGCCAAGGGAUUGAGCCUGAGACAGAGUUCUGCAUGCAAGGCCUGCACUCUAUUCUUUCCCCUUUACUCUUCUGGCAGCAGCAUUUCCUAUGCCAGAACUUCCCUUUUUGUACUGCCGACAUAGCAAGGAAUCCCUGCUGUAGCCCAACUAAUGAUCCUAUGUGUGUUUGCUUCCAGGACUAUCUGUGGUACCCCCAAUUACCUUGCCCCCGAAGUGCUCCUGCGACAAGGGCAUGGGCCGGAGUCAGAUGUGUGGUCUUUGGGCUGUGUCAUGUAAGUCCAAAGCACGUUUUUCCCCCUCUGAAGGCUUCUUGCAGGCCUGUUUCAGUGCUGCAACUUCUUGGCUUUUUAGCUCUUUUUGUAUAGCUAAAUGGGAGGAAGGAGGAUUCUUUGGCCAGCAUGUUCUAGCACAGUGGUUCUCAACCUGCGGGUCCCCAGAUGUUGUUGGACUACAAUUCCCAUCACCCCUAAUCUCUGGCCUUGCUAGCUAGGGGUGAUGGGAGUUGUAGUCCAACAACAUCUGGGGACCCACAGGUUGAGAAAGGCUGCCUAGCACAACAUAAACCUUGUUGAAGAUUAGGUACUAAAAAAUAAUAGGCUACAAGCAAGAGGUUGGAGUGGGCGGCAAAUGCAGGAACCCUAAAGAGAAGCUGCGAUGAAAUUAAAUGCAUGAAGCUUGGAGUCUGCAUGCAGCCCAGCAGCCUAAAUUCCAGCUGUUGACACCUUGCUUCAAACAAAGGAUUCCUCUUCUCAAAAAAUGUUGAUGGCUUUGUCGGGGAAAUUGUUAGUUAGCCACAGAGCACCACUGCAUAUCCCUCUAUCUGGGGCUCAAACAGACAGGUGGUAAUUGAAGUUGGGGUUAUUGGAGAUUGGUAGAAUGAGGAAUCAGUUUGCUCCAAGUAUAUUGGGAUCAAAUUGCAAACAGCUUUGUAGUGCACCAUGUUCUGCACUAGAUGAAGCUCACAAACACUUACCGAGGGCAUCUUUAGAGGGAAAGUAGCGGUUGAAGCUUUUCAGAGGUUGAUAAAGCUGAGGGCUUUGCCAAUUUAUUUCAAGUGCUCUUGGCUAUGAUAGUAGUGUGGAAUUCCGGCUACCUGUUGGGUCCCCUGAGCAAUGGAAGUAUUGGUCUGAGUAUUAGAUAAAAGAUGCUUGUAUGCUGAGCAUAUGUUGCUAGCAUAGCUUGACUGCAACUAGACCCAUAAAGCUUUGCCCAAAAUGACUGCUUAAAUGUAUUUCUGGGCCAUAUAUAAGAUGGUCUAUUUUAAGGACAAAUCUGUUUAUUUGAUGAAACUCAAAACACCACAAAGCUGCUGCUAAUCUUCCACAAUCUUAUUGACAAUUUCAUUAGAACAAAUGGAAAAAGUGGCUGGCCUGUGGUUCACGGCUGGCUAUUUGGCUCAGGUGCUAUUCGGCUGCUUUCCGGAGUGUCGUCUUAAAAAAUAGUUUGUGCCUUCAGCUGUCUUUGCCCUGGUUAGCCACAGCUUCCUGUUAAGUUUUCACAGCGCAGUAAAUGGAAAUUUUUAUCUUGAGUGCUGGGGGGUGAGGGAAGAGUAGCCUUGAAGCUGGUGACUGCAAAGGGGAGAUCCCUCCUUCUCUCCUUUUCCCAGUUUUCAGCUAGGCACAGAACCUCUUCUAGAAAGGCUUGGCUUGCUAGCUCUGAUCACAUGGAAGGACUGUCACUUGCUCUCCGGAUGUGCCUCCGGUCUGCAGGCACCUGAAGCAACAGCAGUGUCUUAUGAGCUUCAUUACAGGGAGCACUUAAUUGGGUGUUGCCGCCUGUCAGACUUCCUCCAGAGUUGUUGCUGAGUCAUGUGCUCAUGGAGGCUGCCAAGGGCAGGCUGCUAGGCCAGAACUAUUCUGGAGUCUUCUCAUCACUGAGUGAAUUCACCACUUGCCACCUUUCUUCUCCCCACCCCUCAGGUACACGUUGCUAUGUGGGACCCCCCCUUUUGAGACUUCUGACCUCAAGGAGACCUACAAGUGCAUCAAGCAUGUCACGUAUAUGCUCCCAGCCUUCCUUUCCCUACCAGCCAAGAACCUGCUUGUUGGCAUCUUGAAACGCAACCCCCAGGACCGCUUCACGCUGGAGGAGAUCUUGGACCAUGAGUUCUUCACCAAAGUGAGCAGCAAUCGUGUGUGUGUGUGUGUGUGUGUGUGUGUGUGUGUGUUCUAGCGAUGUCACUGCCAAGGUAGUAAGCUAGGCUACACAACAUGCUGUAAGGUGAGAAGUGGCAAUAUCUCUUUCUUGGGGUGAUAACUUCUUCCUAUUCAUAUGGAGUCUGUGACUGGGCCACCACCAUUAUUGGAAUGGCAGUGUUUUAUUAAUAUGGGUAUUAGCUCCUGGGAUCCUGCCUGGAUUGCAAUUUAGAUAAUUACAUCCUGCUUCUAAUUAUCGCUUAACAAUCCUCAGAUAUCUUUGCUCUAUGCUGCCUGGUUAUUAUACCCUUUCCAAGGGUGCAUGUGAUUUAGAGGACUUGCAAAACUUGUGAAUGUGGCCAAAUCCUGUCGAUUGGCAAUAGGGCCUUGAAGAAGCUGGCAUUGGUCCAGUAUAUUGUGUACAGUCUGUUCUGAUGCAUAGCUCAGCUUCGCUAAUUAGUUUCCUCAACUUUCAAGGGAUACACGCCUGAUAAGCUCCCACCCAGCAGCUGUGUGAUGGUGCCAGAACUGAACCCUCCCAACCCUGCCAGGAGCCUGUUUGUAAAGGUCACAAAGACUCUCUUUGGGAAAAGAAAGUCAAAAGGUAAGUUGCACGUUGACCUCUUGUUCUGGGAACUGACUGUAGCCCCUGUGAAAACUUAUGCUCACACUUCUGCUUAAUAAGAGCCAAAGGCCCACCUAGGUCAGUGUUUGGUUCAUGCCAAGGCCAACAAUAUGCCUUUGGGAAGCACAUAAGCAAGGCAUGAGGCUAAUAGCAACAUGUUGGUCCUGCCUGGAAGUAGCCACUAGUUUUCCCUUGAUGUUUCAUCUGCAGGAUUGGGAAACUGGGAGAUACUAGGAUUGGCAAUAAACUCCAGACACUGCAGCCCUUCACCACCUGAUGCAUGGAAUAGAAGAAUAUGGGGAAAGGAGGCUUGCCACUUGGAUCCGUAAAUUAACACCAAGUGGCCAAGCCAGAGCAACCCCUAGAACUCCCAUGUCAGUCCCUAACCCCUAAUGUAUGUACUUGACAGAGUCUACUUUAAGCACUAUCUGCAGCCCUGACCUGUUGACUUUGUGUUAGGAUCUUAUUAACUUGUAUUCUUCUUACUUUAGUUAAGAAGGCUCCUUCAGAAGAGAGAGAUGAUAUCUCCAAGCUGGUAACAGGCCUUGUGAAGACCUCCAUCUGUAGGCAACUGAGCCACAAAACUGUCGAAGGGAAUGAGGUAAACUAACUGCAGGAACUUGGCUGUUCAGUUGUGGCUUUCAGAGGAAGGAAAGAGAAACAAGGAAGUUACCCUGCUAUGUGCUGAUCAGACUUUCUGCCUCCUUAGGUCACUCCUUUGAAUGGUCAGAGUCCCGGCUCUAGCCCAGUAGAUACGGUAGCAGAGGAAGGCUCACAGAAAUCUAUCUCCAGGUCCAUUCGUGGGACAAUGGCUAGCAGCAGCUGUGAAGGUGAGAAGUGGCAAUGUCUCAAUUAGCAGUUCCUCCUUAACAGUGUAUUUUGGUCAGAUGGAAUCUGCUGUCUGUCAGGACUAGUCCCAGGGUGGUAGAGGGCCUUAAAGAGCAAAGCAGAGAAGCACUUCAUCAUGGACAGUAGGGCCAACAAGCAGUUUAAGUCUUGAGCAGACCGACUCUGAACUGGCAGGUUCAGUCUCACAAUGCCUAUCAGUCAUCGAAACUGAACAACAAAUCCAUUCUUAGAGGCGGGGUAACUCUGGAUACUGGAGACAAUUGGGGAGGGCCAUUGCUGUCACAUCCUCCAUUGUUUCUGAAAAAAAUCAUUUCUGCUCGUGGUUAGAUAAUGAAUUCUAUUCUGGGUUCGAUGGUCUUUUGGCUGGGUCCUGUAGGUCUUAAUGUUAGAAGUGGCUUAAUUUGAGGAUGCAAAAGCUGUGGCCCUGCAGAGGUUGUUGGGCCCCAACUUCCUUCAGCCCUAGACUGCAUAGCCAGUGGUUGGAGAUGAUGAGAGUUGUAAUCCAGCAACAGGGGGGCAAGGGGUCAACAGGUUCUUCAGCCUUUCUCUUCCCACUCCCGUUUGAAUUUUGAGCUUCGGGAGCAGGAAAUCUCUUGAGCUUGGCCCAUGUAAGCUGAUUUUGUAAAAACUUAACUAUCUUCUUCCCCUCUUUCCCCCACCCACUAGUAUUUGAAGACUGUGUCACAGCAUCAUCUGUCAUUGAAUCAGCCAUUGGUCUUCUGAAGAACUGUCUAUCUGUCAUGCCACCAGGUAACUUAAGCUUCAGGGAGUAUCACAACCCCUGGGAUGGUUAGAGACACAUGGAAGAACUGUUGUCUUGGAUAUUGAUAGGGAGGAGAAGGAGAGGUGCAGCCCUAGUUCCUCUAACCCGCUAAAGAGGCUUUUAACAUCAGGCUCCCUGGAUCUCGGUUACCUGAUAUUUGUCGUCAAACAGAAUAAGGGCCACCUCCUUUUAGGUAGCAUCCUGAUGGAAUGCAGAAACUAAGGGGUGAUGUGUGUGUCCAUCUACCUAUUUAUCUAGAUAAAUGGUAAUCCAAUUAUUAAUUUGCAACAUCUGGGAGUAGGAAAGUUGAGACUGAUUCUGUUCCUAUCCCAAGCAUGACCUCUUCUCUUUCAACCUCAUUUCAGUACCACUUUUGAAAUAGGUUUGAACCUAUUAGCUUUAUUUAAUGAGUACCUUUCUUCCCUGUCCAGCUGAGAGGAAUCCUGCUUCCCUGGCUUGCCAUGAGCACUUUGUCUGGGUGAGCAAGUGGGUGGACUAUUCCAACAAGUAUGGUUUCGGCUAUCAGCUCUCCAACCACAGCAUUGGUGUCCUCUUCAACGAUGGAACUCAUAUGGCCCUCUCUGCCAACUGGAAGUGAGUGGAAGAAAUGGACUUCCUGGAGGGUUUUGAGGUUGGGAAGUGUAGAAGUGUAGUCAUGGCCUACCUUGACUAGGGCUCAGGUCCUACUUAGCCACCUUCUGGUGUGGUGAGGGGGACUGCAAGAUAUUGUAUGGAUGAAAUUCUUGAGUAACCCACAAGCAUGGGAGAAGGGGCUUCCCCUAUUUGGAGCAAGGCUAGAUAGAGGACUAGAUUGUGGGAGGAGUUGAACAUUGUGCUAAAGGAAGUAUUUUUUUAGUGUGAGCAUUUCUGCUUGCUAGGCAGAAUGACCUCCCUUCUCCCUGUGUGUUCUGGCGGUUCUACCAACCCCUGCCCCCCAGUAGAUUGAGGAGGAGAGGGCAAGUCCAGUUUGCAAUAGCAGGCACCCUUGCACUGGCUUCAGCUAGUUGAAUGCACUUAGUUGAAUCAGGCUCUAUCUUUAUGAUCUUAUGGUUGUGGGGACAGUCUGUGUUUUCCCACAUGGGGGGUUGUCUUGGGAUGAUGCAAAAGGUUUGAUUCAAUAAGGAACAGACAACCUUUAAGGGUUUGGGUUUUUUUGAGCAUAGCAGAUAGACCACUUUCAUAAACUGAAGCUGAAGUUUUAUGACUACAAUCUGGCCACUGCAGCUAACUGCAUUCUCUUUCCCUUCAGGAAAGUGCAUUACAACCUGACAAACAGCAAGCAUUUCUCCUUCCCGGCUUCAGCUGUCCCUGAGCAGCUGCAGGGGCAGAUGGGUGUCCUGCAGUAUUUUGCCUCAUAUAUGGAACAGCAUCUAAUGAAGGUGAGCAGCUGCCUGGCAUGGCGUAGUUGGUAUGUGUGUACAGAGUUGGUUGCAUUGGCUUGCUGACGACUCGACUCGAUGCAGAAAACACGAGUUGCAUUUUUGCAGAGAACAAUCCCCCCUUGCUCUCAAGUAUGUUUGACCAUAUUCAAGGUUCAUAGGAAAAGCCUCCCUUGAGGUCUUGUGGGAUACACCUGAAAGAACUGAAGCUUUCAUCAUAUUGGCCAAACUUUGGUUCGUGGCUCCAAACACCAAAGCAUGUAUUUGGUGGGCUCUUUACUGCCAGAUUCUGCACUCCUAGUUGCCUUGCCAUGCCUGCUCACAUCUUUAUGACUACUUCAUGUACUCAAAGUCUCGAUUGGUGGAUGGAGUAGGACUUCCUUUCUCAAAGCAGAGAUGAUCCAUUAAACGGAUGUGCUAAUUCAUGUUCCUUGAAUUUGGCCAGUACUUAUCUUCUCCUUUGGCUUGGCAGUAGUGUUAGGGAUAAAGUUAUACGGAAAAACAACUGCUAGGACUAAGCCAGUCAUGUGGUGUCAAUGAUUCUCUAAUUUCUCUUUUUUCUUCCCUUCUCUCCACUCCCUCCCCCCCCCCCAAAAAAAAAUCCCAGGGAGGAGACUUACCCAGCAUAGAUGAGACUGGACAGGUUCCACUGUUGCUUCUACAAUGGGUGAAGACUAAUCAGGCCUUAUUGAUGCUUUUUAGCAAUGGAACCUUUCAGGUAAUAAUGGCACCAAGUCUUUUUAGCAGAUUACGUAGGCCCUAUGUCCUACCUAUUGAUGGAGGUAGCACAUGCUGGCGUUUCAUAUCCAGUUGCUAUAACUAUUGUGUGGGGUAUAAUCUGAAGUGUUGCCUUUUGAUUUGGACAAGAAGCUUUCUAUGGAGUGCUUCUGAGAAUGUGGAUGCUAAGCUGAAAGUAGAUGCGGGGCUAUCUGCUUUGUAGAGCACGUUCAGUUUGUUAUGGCUAUUCUGCUUUUUUUGAGUAGCAGCUGGUGUCUUGAAAUUAUGAAUUCUAACACAUUUUAAAGCACCUCUACAAAUACUAAAACCUAUCUGAUUCCCAUAGGCCCUUUUCUAAAUCUGGAUUCCUAUCCCUUCAGCAGUUUGCCCUUUGUUUCCACUUAGAUGGAGAUGUCUGUGGUGGGGGCAUAAAACUACCCUCCAUAUUAAGGCUAUGCUAGCAGAUACCUAGGUGCAGGCCGUGGUGGAUGGCUAAACCCAAUUGAGUUGGGAGUCCCAAAGGGUAGGGAGUGCUACACAGAAAGAGGCACAAGUAUUAAAUGUCUGUUGUGCUCCAUCUCCUUUAUUCUAGGUGAACUUCUACAAUGAUCAUACCAAGGUGAUCUUCAGCAAACCUGACCACACCUGCCUCCUCACCUACAUAAACCGUGACAGGAAUUCCUACACCUACAAGCUCAGCAGCAUUGCAGAACUUGGUUGUUCACCGGAGCUCCAGCGUAGGCUCAAAUACAUCCUUAAGCUGCUUCAACAGCGAGUAGAUGCAUAAGGCUACAGGGUGGACACCUGGUAUCCUUGGCCCUUUCUGUUCUUCCAAGAGCUUUGUUGUUAACAGUGCAGGAGAAGGCAACGCUUGAGACAUCAGAAUUCUUCCUUAGUCACAUGCCUUUCUACAAGGGAAAACUUCAAAACCCAAACUGCACUAGAUUGGGCCAAACCCUUCUUUGGAGUCCAUCAACUUCUGGGAUGCUAGCCACCUAAUGACUUUUUAUUAUUGUUAAAGAAAUGGGAUUUUUUUUCACUUGCUUUGACAUGACUGCUCCAGUCCACAUUGGAGAGGAGGAGUAGAGAUAACUGCCUUUACUCCUGUGUGGCCUUUGCACAGAUGGUUAUGCACAUUGGCUUGUUCAUGGGGAGGGGAGAAUCUGUGAUCCAUACACUCCAUGGGAAACAAGUAGUGAGGGUAAUAGCAAAUCUUUUUUUUAAAAAAAAAAAGUUUUCUGAGUUUUGUCCAGUGCCUAAUGCCAAAUCUGCUGUUGGAUCUUGGCAUCUCAGAGUCUGAAGGGUUAAAGGGCUGUGAGUCCAGUUCAUGUAUUCAGGCUAAAUCAAGUGAUUUCUGUUGUGGGCCAUUUCAGGCUCUUGCAACACUACCGCUGCCGUCCCGUGGAAUGCAGUUUUUUGUUUUGUUUUUUGCUCAGAGUUGCAUUACUUGCCUAAUCCUUGGCUGGUUCUGACUCAUGGACCAAACAAGAAAUCUGUGAAUUGGGUGUGGCUGCUCUGCUAAGAAGGGCAGCAGAAACGGAUGCUGCAGAGGCACAAGAUCAGACAAACUGCUUCCCUGCUUUAGCUGUGAUAGGACUACCACAAUCCUUGGGGGACUGUAGUUAGAUGAAGAGCCAGCUGGCUGCCGACUGGAAUUGGUACGGAAGAACUGCUACAACUCUUUAGUUUGGGAGGAACAGAGGUAGGAUAGCUGAAUCUUCAGUCUGAAAUCAGGGUUAAUUCGAAUACCUAGUGCUGCUGCUGCUGCUAAGCACUCGAGGCUGCAAAGGUACAUGUUGGGUAAUGGAACUGUUACACUAAUUAGGCAAAUGGGAUUUUUUCUUUUUGUGCUGAGACUGUGAAACACCCUGUUUGCCUCAUUUUCUCAGCUGUUUUCAUUCCAAGAUGCAGCAGAGGGAUUCUGUAAAUUGCCAUGGUACAGACUUGAACGGCUUCGUUGGAAGCUGCCAGUUUAAUGUUUUGAACUUGACAAGACUAUUUGUCCAGCUAUGGAGCCUAAAUGGUGUGAACAUCCUAAGAUUUAUUUAUGUAUUUAUGAGCUAUUUAUUUUGCACCUGUGUCUUGUCAAUCAUUGCACACCAUGUCUCCAAAAACCCAGCUGUCUUGAUUACAAUAAAACUCAUUUUUAUUUAAAAGCAAAAGAACAA